GCACUCUACUCCCAGCUCAACUCACUCCAGAGAUCCACCCCGGGGGGGACUGGCAGCCAAGAACCCAAAGAGCCACCGGACGGACAGACAUGCCUUAGCGGAAGGACAACUUGCUAUUGCUUCCUUCCCACCCAACUUACCGUGCUGGGAUCCAGAUUUCCAAAGGAAUCGUCCGUCCCCCUGCUUUGCCUCACUUCUGAGUGCCGGGCUGGUGCUGCAUUGUGCCAACUGCUUGUCAAGAUCUGGAGACACUUGGCUGUUGGGGUGUUAACCCACCAACAUGGGUAUUAAAGCAGCGUUACCGAGUUAUGAGCUGGGGUUCUACGCUCUGAUCUUGACUUGUGCAGUGGUGUACAGUGGAAAUGGGAUCUUCGACGCAUCGAGAGAUAAUGUGAACAGAAAAGCUUUUCGGCAGGGCAUAAAGCCGGGCUGGCAUUACUUCGGCAGGAAAAUGGACGCAGCUGACUUUGAGUGGGCGAUGUGGUUCACCUCAUUCAGGAACAUCAUCAUCUUUGCCCUUUCAGGGCACAUCCUGUUCGCCAAGAUCUGCUCCAUGGUGGCUCCUCAGCACAGAUCUGUGGUUUACAUGCUCUAUGGGAUGUUGGCCGUGCUGGGCACCAUGGGCCGCGCCUACCUGAUGAUUGUCCUCUCUCACUGCAUUGUGCUCUACGCUGUGGCGCUGGCGAAGCAGAGGUGGUUGUGCUUUGCGGCCGGGCUUUGCAGCCUGGCCUCUUUCAGGCUGGAACCUUUCAGCACGUGGCAGAAUGGAUUUGUAACACGAACUUUUGAUCUUCAAGAUGUUCUGUUUUAUGGAGGAAGCGGCUUUACCAUCAUGCGCUGCAUGAGCUUUGCGCUGGAGAACUCCGAGAGGAAGGAAGGGAUUUACUCCAUCAUUGACCUGCUGAAAUAUAAUUUCUACCUCCCGUUUUUUUUCUUCGGACCCAUCAUGACCUUUGAUCGAUUCUACUCUCAGGUAAGCAUCAGCGAGCUGAGACGCAAAGACAAUGAGAUGUGGAACAUUCGCGUCCAGGCUUUUGUCAACCUGGGGGCGAUCGUCGCGGUGGACGUGUUUUUCCACUUCUUCUACAUCUUGACCCUUCCUGCGGACGUGAAGUUUGUGAGUCGGCUCUCAGACUGGGCUUUAGCUGGCCUGGCCUACUGUAACUUGGUGUAUGACUGGCUGAAAGCUGCGGUGAUGUUUGGAGUUAUCAACACCAUUGCUAGGUUGGAUCACUUGGACCCACCGCAGCCCCCAAAAUGCAUCACCAUGCUCUACGUCUUUGCAGAAACGCACUUUGACAGAGGGAUUAAUGACUGGCUAUGCAAGUACAUCUACGAUCACCUUGGGGAGAACCAUGACAAUGUUGUGAAGGAGCUUCGGGCCACCAUCUGCACCUUCGCUGUCACCACCCUGUGGCUGGGCCCCUGCGAGAUCGUUUACAUCUGGUCUGUCUGCAACUGCUUUGGACUCAACUUCGAGCUCUGGGUGCAGAAGUUUUUCCAGAGGGAGCCCUUUGGCAGCAUGGAGGCCAACAUGUCAGAGCCGAUGUCUCGGCGGAUUAGAGGGAUCUUCGGGGCUGCAAACUUCUGGGCUAUUGUCCUCUACAACGUCCUUGCCCUCAACAGCCUGGACUUCACACUGCUGGUUGCCAAGAGAAUCCUCCUGACAGGUUUCCCACUGAGCACCUUGUCCAUCUGGUUCAUCACCUACUGCGGAGUGCAGCUGAUCAAGGAGAGGGAGCGCCUCCUGGCAAUAGAAGAGGAGAAACGAGACAAAGAAAAGGCAGCGUAGAGAUGAGAAGAGGAUUGGCCCAGACAGCUCAGCGGCAGCAUCACUUCCUCCCGGCCAUCCAGGCCUAGACCCCUGAAAUGGGGCUCUCCGGCAUUAUUUGCAGUCAAGCUACUGUUUCUCACCCAUGUACAAACCACCUGUAAUAAAAAUCU